GUUGUCUGUCACAUGUCCGGCUGUGCUGUGGCUUCACCAGGAAUCGAUACUGUAGCGGUUACAUUCGUUCACCUCAUGGUUUGUUAGUGCGCGUCAUCAAACCGUUGUCUCUUGCUUGUUGCUUAUUUGAGUUGAGAUGUCAGUUUAGUAAAUAAAAAAAGAACCAAAAGAAAAACAAACGAACAAAGCUUAAUCAACAGAAAGACAACCACAACAUUCGCUCUCUCAUACAUUUAGAAUAGCCUACUGUUCGAGCUAUUUGUUUGAGCAAUUUGAGGGUAAAAACAAUCAACGGAACAUGGCUGGUGUGAUGGCAGGUUUUGGUAACUUCACUCACGCCGUUGUUCGAGCUAUCCCCUCAUCCCUUGCCAAAGAGGCACUGAGGAUGAACGUUUCGGACGUGGACCUGGAGAAAGCUCAGCGAGAACAUGAGGUAUACGUCGGGGUUCUGAAGCAGAAACUCGGGCUGGAGGUGAUCGAACUCCCCGCCGACGAGUCGCUCCCGGACUGUGUGUUCGUGGAGGAUGCUGCAGUGGUUUGCGGUGACACGGCUCUGAUCACCAGACCCGGGGCAGAGAGCAGAAGGAAAGAGACGGAGGCCAUGCGGCGGGCCCUGAAGGAGCUGGGCCUGAACAUCGUUGAGAUGUCUGAUGAGAACGCCACUCUGGACGGAGGGGACGUCCUCUUUACAGGUAGAGAAUUCUUUGUGGGCCUUUCCAAACGGACCAAUCAGAGAGGAGCUGAGAUCCUGGCGGACGCGUUCAAGGACUACGCUGUGUCCACCGUUCCCGUCACUGAUGGUCUACAUCUGAAGAGCUUCUGCAGCAUGGGAGGACCAGGCCUCAUCGUGAUUGGCUCCAGCGAACCGGCCCAGAAAGCCCUGAAGAUCAUGCAGCAGAUGAGUGACCAUCGUUAUGACAAGCUGACGGUGCCUGAUGACAUUGCAGCCAACACCAUCUAUAUGAACCUCCCUGGCAAAGGCCAUGUACUGUUACAUUGCACCCCAGAGGAGUUCCCAGAGAGUGCCAAGGUGUUUGAGAAGCUGAAGGAUCACAUGUUGAUCCCAGUGUCCAACAUGGAGAAGGUGAAGGUGGACGGAGCCCUCACCUGCUGCUCCGUUCUCAUCAACAUGAAAGCCAAAGUCUGAUCUGAGCAUGCUCCGUUAGGGGUCUCUCAGACAGACCUGGCUUCAAAUACUACUUGAAAUCUUUGACAUACUUUGAUGUGCCAGGUUUGCCGUUUUUGGACUAUACUAUUGGGCAAUUAUUAAGCCAGGCAAGCUCAAUCAAGCACAGACACAAAGUAUUUGACAUGAUUUCGAAUAGUAUUUUAACCCAGGUCUGCUCUCAGGGCAGGGUCGGCCCACUGCUGCCACAUUGCCCUGUUGAGAAGCUCAACUACCUAGCCUGGGUGCAAGUCUGUUUCUGGCCAGUCUGUUUCUGCUGUCUUGCCCCUGAAAACAAACUGGUAUCCAGGUUACCAACCCCCCUCCCCUUCUGAAAGUGCUCAUGUGUCAAUCAAUCCCUCUGCUUACUGGUCAAUGUUUACAACCCUUUAAAACAACCCCUUAUAAUACCACUGGAGAGG